AGGAGCCGGGUCGCCGCGGCCGCCGGCACGCGUGACCCAACCCGCAGCCGGCGGGACCGUCCGGGAGCACGCGGCUUCCGAGUUCCUGCACAGUUGCAGAUGAUUUGUGCCUCCUGUGUCCCGGAAACCCACUCAGCAUUCCUGCCCCAGGUGGCCACUCUUCACUCAGGACUGAGAGAGCUCUUUUAGGUGGCAGGAUCCGACCCAGAGCCCUUCUCUGUCCCAGUCUGCUUCUCCGGGGCCAGUAGAAGCAGCCACCAGCCAGGAUGCCGAGGAACCAGGGCUUCUCAGACCCCGAGUACUCGGCUGAGUACUCUGCCGAGUACUCCGUCAGCCUGCCCUCUGACCCUGACCGUGGAGUGGGCCGGACCCAUGAGAUCUCUGUGCGGAACUCGGGAUCCUGCCUGUGUCUGCCUCGCUUCAUGAGGCUAACCUUCGUGCCGGAGUCCUUAGAGAACCUCUACCAGACCUACUUCAAGAGGCAGCGCCACGAGACCCUGCUGGUAUUGGUUGUCUUCGCGGCCCUUUUCGACUGCUACGUGGUGGUCAUGUGCGCUGUGGUCUUCUCCAGCGACAAGCUGGCUCCCCUUGUGGUAGCUGGGAUUGGGCUGCUGUUGGACAUCAUCCUCUUCAUGCUCUGUAAAAAGGGGCUGCUCCCUGACAGAGUGAGCCGGAGGGUGGUACCCUACCUGCUGUGGUUGCUGAUUACAGCCCAGAUCUUCUCCUACCUGGGCUUGAACUUUGCCCGUGCCCACGCGGCCAGCGAUACGGUGGGCUGGCAGGCCUUCUUUGUCUUCUCCUUCUUCAUCACGCUGCCGCUCAGCCUCAGCCCCAUUGUUAUCAUCUCUGUGGUCUCCUGCGUCGUGCACACAUUGGUCUUGGGGGUCACUGUGGCCCAGCAGCAGCAGGACGAUCUUCAGGGGAUGCAGCUGCUGAGGGAGAUCCUGGCCAACAUCUUUCUCUAUCUGUGCGCCAUCAUUGUAGGCAUCAUGUCCUACUACAUGGCAGACCGCAAGCAUCGCAAGGCCUUCCUGGAAGCACGCCAGUCACUGGAGGUGAAGAUGAACCUAGAGGAACAGAGCCAGCAGCAGGAGAACCUUAUGCUUUCCAUCCUGCCCAAGCAUGUGGCUGAUGAGAUGUUGAAGGAUAUGAAGAAAGAUGAGAGCCAAAAGGACCAGCAGCAGUUCAAUACCAUGUACAUGUACCGGCAUGAGAAUGUCAGCAUCCUCUUUGCAGACAUUGUGGGCUUUACCCAGUUGUCCUCUGCCUGUAGUGCCCAGGAGCUCGUGAAGCUACUCAAUGAGCUCUUCGCCCGCUUUGACAAGCUGGCAGCUAAAUACCACCAGCUGCGCAUCAAGAUCCUAGGUGACUGUUACUACUGCAUCUGCGGCUUGCCUGACUACCGGGAGGACCACGCUGUUUGCUCCAUCCUCAUGGGGCUUGCUAUGGUGGAGGCCAUCUCGUAUGUGCGGGAGAAGACCAAGACAGGGGUGGACAUGCGCGUUGGGGUGCACACGGGCACCGUGCUAGGUGGUGUCCUGGGCCAGAAGCGUUGGCAGUACGAUGUGUGGUCCACUGAUGUCACUGUGGCUAACAAGAUGGAAGCUGGUGGCAUCCCGGGGCGUGUACACAUCUCCCAGAGCACCAUGGACUGCCUAAAAGGGGAGUUUGAUGUGGAACCCGGUGACGGGGGCAGCCGCUGUGAUUACCUAGAUGAGAAGGGCAUUGAAACCUACCUCAUCAUUGCCUCCAAGCCAGAGGUGAAGAAAACAGCCCAGAAUGGCCUCAACGGCUCGGCCCUGCCAAAUGGAGCACCAACUUCCUCCAAGCCCAGCUCUCCUGCCCUUAUUGAGACCAAGGAGCCCAAUGGGAGUGCCCAUGCCAGUGGUUCCACAUCGGAGGAGCCAGAGGAGCAGGAAGCCCAGGCUGACAACCCCUCGUUCCCCAACCCCCGGCGCAGGCUGCGCCUCCAGGACCUGGCGGACCGCGUGGUAGAUGCCUCUGAGGACGAGCGCGAGCUCAACCAGCUGCUCAAUGAGGCCCUGCUCGAGAGGGAGUCUGCCCAGGUGGUGAAGAAGAGAAACACCUUCCUCCUAACCAUGCGGUUCAUGGAGCCAGAGAUGGAAACACGCUACUCGGUAGAGAAAGAAAAGCAGAGUGGCGCUGCCUUCAGCUGCUCCUGCGUGGUGCUGUUCUGCACGGCCAUGGUCGAGAUACUCAUUGACCCUUGGCUGAUGACAAACUACGUGACCUUUGUGGUUGGAGAGGUUCUACUUCUGAUCCUGACCAUCUGCUCGCUGGCUGCCAUCUUUCCCCGGGCUUUUCCUAAGAAGCUUGUAGCUUUCUCCACUUGGAUCGACCGCACCCGCUGGGCCAGGAACACCUGGGCCAUGUUAGCCAUCUUCAUUCUGGUCAUGGCCAAUGUUGUGGACAUGCUGAGCUGUCUCCAGUACUACACGGGACCCUACAACAACGGGACAGCCGGGACGGAGCUGGAAGGCGGCUGCUUGGAGAACCCCAAGUAUUACAAUUAUGUAGCUGUGUUGUCCCUCAUCGCCACCAUCAUGCUGGUGCAGGUCAGCCACAUGGUGAAGCUGACACUCAUGCUGCUCGUCACAGGCACAGUGGCCACCAUCAACCUGUAUGCCUGGUGCGCGGUCUUCGAUGAAUAUGACCACAAACGCUUUCAGGAACAAGCCUUAUCGAUGGUGGCCUUAGAGAAAAUGCAGGUAUUUUCCACCCUUGGGCUCAAUGGCACUGUCAGCAGGCUCCCCCUGGUGCCCUCCAAGUACUCCAUGACAGCGAUGAUGUUCGUCAUAAUGCUGAGCUUUUAUUACUUUGCCCGCCACGUGGAAAAAUUGGCACGGACACUGUUCCUGUGGAAGAUAGAGGUCCAUGACCAGAAAGAACGUGUCUAUGAAAUGCGACGCUGGAAUGAGGCUUUGGUCACCAACAUGUUGCCUGAGCAUGUUGCACGCCAUUUCCUGGGGUCCAAGAAGAGAGAUGAAGAGCUGUACAGCCAGUCUUAUGAUGAAAUUGGAGUCAUGUUCGCCUCCCUGCCCAACUUUGCUGACUUCUACACUGAGGAGAGCAUCAAUAAUGGUGGGAUUGAGUGUCUGCGCUUCCUCAAUGAGAUUAUCUCUGAUUUUGACUCUCUCCUGGAUAAUCCGAAAUUCCGAGUCAUCACCAAGAUCAAAACUAUUGGCAGCACCUACAUGGCAGCUUCAGGAGUCACCCCAGAUGUCAACACCAAUGGCUUCACCAGCUCCAGCAAGGAGGAGAAAUCAGACAAGGAGCGCUGGCAGCACCUGGCCGACCUAGCAGAUUUUGCACUAGCCAUGAAGGAUACACUUACAAACAUCAACAACCAGUCAUUCAACAACUUCAUGUUGCGAAUAGGCAUGAACAAAGGAGGGGUUCUAGCUGGGGUCAUUGGAGCCCGGAAACCACACUAUGAUAUCUGGGGUAAUACAGUCAAUGUGGCCAGCAGGAUGGAGUCCACAGGGGUCAUGGGAAACAUCCAGGUAGUAGAAGAGACUCAGGUCAUCCUCCGAGAGUACGGCUUCCGCUUUGUGAGGCGAGGCCCCAUCUUUGUCAAAGGGAAAGGGGAGCUGCUGACCUUCUUCUUGAAGGGGCGGGACAGGCCAGCUGCCUUCCCCAACGGCUCCUCUGUUACACUGCCUCACCAGGUGCUGGACAACUCCUAAAGGCCCUGGCCUCACCACAAUCCACCCAGGAAGGGAGAGUCUAUUUUUUGAAAGUGAAGAAAGGGUUUGGGAAAGGGCAAACAACAGGUCCCAGUGGUCCUGACUUGUUAAAGUGCACAUUCCCAUAGACUUUAGGUUUAAUGUUUCCUUAAGCCUUCCUUUGUUCAUAGAUAUGUGAGCUCUGAGGGCAACCAUGCAACUUCUUUAUGCCUGUAGCUUCCCCAGAGUAGGGGAUCUUAGGCAUAGUACUGGAACAGUCCUUCCAGAGCCCUCGCUCCAACUCAGCCCUUCUUCCCCUAUAGAGAGGCCAUGGCCACUGUGAGUAGGAGAGGAGAGGUGCAUCAGAGCCUCCCUUGCUGCUGGGCUAGGAGUAUAGGUAGGGAACUGGGAGCUGGACACUGCUGGACGUUGUAACAUUCCUGGCCAGAACCAAAAACAGUGCUUUUGUGUGUGUGUGAUGAACAGAGAUCUACUGGAGACCGGGUUGUCUUCAUUAUGUUAGGUUAAACGGCCCUCAUCCUAAUGUUCCUGAUAAUCUUGAAAGGUUCUUCUGGAACCCCUGUCACCUUAGUUAGGAGAGCAAAGAGUGCAAUAUUCCCUUUCACCUGGUAGGGGAGGGGGGCUACUUCUGAAAGAGAAAUAUAUAAACAGAUCUACAUUUAUAUUUUUAACCUUUAAGAACACUUUCCAAUACUGCCUUGCCUUUGAGCUCUUGCUACAGUCGCCUUUGCUACUGCUUAAAUGAGAAUCUACAGGUAUCAAUAAAGAUCAAGACUGUUUUAUUAAAAGCUUUAUUCAACUUGA